AUGCCUCUUUUAAAUCGUGAUAAUAUUGUUAUCGGGGUUGCGCAAAUCAUUAAUAAAAAAAAUGGUACACAUGAGUUUACUGCUAAAGAUAUAAAUGUUUUUCGUAAUUAUUUAACAUUUUGUGGGCUUGGAUUAUCAAAUGCUCAAUUAUUCGAAUUAUCAAUUCAAGAAUAUAAAAAAAAUCAACUUCUUCUGAACUUAGCUCGAAAUUUAUUUCGUGAACAAAAUGAUCUUGAACGUUUAGUAAAUAAAAUCACUACUGAAUCUCAAGGUCUUAUGCAAUGUGCUCGAUGUUGUAUUUAUAUAGUGGAUCAAUCAAUUUUAUCAUCAACUAAGUCUGAAGAUGUUCAUUUUUCCAAAGGCUUUGAUAUGUUGUAUGGCGAAGAAUUUAAAGGAACAACAAAUGAUUUCCUUGAAAAUUCUCGAUAUGCAAAAAUUGCUCAUCAUGUUGCAACAACUAUGCAAACAGUCAAUAUCAAUGAAAUAUCAAAUGAUCAAACUUUAUCACAUUUAUUAAUAUCAAAUGAUAAUGAUACAUUUGAAUUAAAAAAUCUAUUAUGUGUACCAAUUAUGGAUGGUGAUGGUCAUGUCAUUGGUGUUUCACAAGUUAUGAAUAAAUUGCACGGGCGAUUUUUUACUGAGGAUGAUGUUGCUAUAAUUGAAGCUUUUUCAGUAUUUUGUGGUUUGGGUAUACAUAAUACACGACAAUAUGAACAUGUUGUACGUUUAACAGCUAAGCAAAAUGUUGCUUUCGAAGUAUUAUCAUAUCAUGCAGUGGCAUCAGAAGAAGAUGUUCAACGUAUGAUACAUAUUUCAAUUCCUGAAGCUAAUCAACUUCGCUUAUAUUCGUGGGACUUUAAUGAUAUGAUUUUAACUGAUGACGAAACAAUUUUAACAAGUAUCCGAAUGUUUGUCGAAUUAGAUUUAUUAAAAACUUAUCGUAUUCCUCAAGAUGUUAUGUGUCGAUGGAUGUUAAGUGUGAAGAAAAAUUAUCGACCUGUAAUAUAUCACAAUUGGAGACAUGCAUUUAAUGUUGCUCAAACAAUGUUUUCAAUGUUAACCACCGGCGGUAUGAAUCCUCACAUGAAUGAUUUGGAACGCAUUGGAUUGUUAAUUGCAUGCUUAAGUCAUGAUCUUGAUCAUCGUGGAACGAAUAACGCAUUUCAAGCUAAAGCUGAUGCACCACUUGCAAAAUUAUAUUCAACAUCGACACUUGAACAUCAUCAUUUCGAUCAAUGCAUCAUGAUAUUACAAACAGAAGGAAAUAAUAUUUUACAAGCACUAACACCUGAUGAUUAUAAGCUUGUUGUUCAUUAUAUUGAAUCAGCAAUUUUAUCAACUGAUUUAGCUCUUUAUUUUCGUAAACGAGGUGAAUUUCAAAAAUUAGUUGAAAAUCCUGUUGAACGUUGGACUGAUCCCACAAGAAAAGAUUUACUACGAGGUAUGAUGAUGACUGCAUGCGAUGUAGCAGCAAUCUGUAAACCAUGGGAGAUGCAACAAGUUAUUGCUAAGCUUGUUGCCAGUGAAUUUUUUCAACAAGGUGAUAUUGAACGAAAUCAAUUGCAUGUUGAACCCAUCCCAAUGAUGGAUCGAGACAAAAAGGAUGAAUUACCUAAAAUGCAAAUUGGCUUUAUUGACUCAAUAUGCCUUCCAGUUUAUCGAAUGUUAGCGGAUGCUGAACCUGGUUUAAGUCCACUUAAUGAAGGAUGUAAACGAAAUCGAGAAAAUUGGGAAAAAUUACAACAAGAACAUGAGAAACUUCAAAAAUUAUGGUCAGAAAGUGUGUCUCAGGAAACAUUAUAUAAAUUAUUUGAAGCAUCAAAAGCUAAUUUACAAACAAAAGAUCUCGAUUCUACAUCAGUAAAUAAACUAGCUAAUAAAUCGAAUAAUAGUGAAAUAUCUUCGAAGUCAAUUGGUGAUCGUGAACAACAAGCAACAAUUCCAUUGAUCGAUCCUGAACUUAUCAAAACUAUACAUUGUAAUAAAGGUGCAAUAGAUACAGUGCGUGGCCAAAUUAUUGAGUUAAGACAUGACGUUGAUCAAUUAAGAAAUGAUAUGAAUACUAAUCAAAUAAAAACUCUGAUAUUCAAUGGCGAAGUUCGUCGUAUUUCAAAAUCUGAAAUAAGUAAUCAAAAUCAAACAUCAGUUUCUCAUCAUCAUCAUCAUCAUCACCAUGUUGAACAAGGUGCAACAAAAAAACGUUCGUCUGUAUGCAUUAUAAUUUAA